ACCGGCUGCAACUGCAUCAAGCAGUGACGAGAUGCCUGCGGAUAUUGGUAGCGCAGCCAAUCCACCCCAACCCAAGUCCACACCCAGGCAACCAACAGCUGCUGAUGCUGACGAUGAUAGUGAUGAGUUGGAUGCUGAGUUGGAAGCUCUUUUUGGUACUGAUGGUGAUGCUGACACUGAUGCUGAUUCUACAUCAGCUGCUGAUGCUGACGAUGAUAGUGAUGCCUUUGAUGCUGACUUGGAUGCCGUUUUCGGUACUGAUGCUGAUACUGAUGCUGAUGUUGAUAGUGAAGACUUUGGUGCUGACUUGGAUGCUGUUUUCGGUACUGAUGCUGAUUCUACACCAGCUACUGAUGCUGAUAUUGAUAGUGAAGACUUUGGUGCUGACUUGGUUGCUGUUUUCGGUACUGAUGCUGCUUCUACACCAGAGGAGCCACGCACGGUAGCAAGCGACUCGACAACUUCUACACAAUCGAUCAUGCUGAGACCUGAAGCACUCCUCGCAGGAGAAGAGUUUGGCGCCAACCACAGCAAGGCACCGUCGCGCUACAAUAUCGGAGGUAUUUGUGGUGCCAUUGUCUGGCUCGUCAUGCCAUUAGUGAUCACUACGCUGGUGAAUUACUAAGCGCUUUACUGAUCCACGUCAAUGGUGUUCGUGACGCUGGAUGUCUGAUAGCUUUCCACCAUCAUCUGGAUACAGACAACAGAAGAAGAUCACUGACUUUUGCAAAUGAAAAAGAACAAAAAAACGAAAACAAACAAAAAUAACACAAUGGACGUUAUCCCGAUAUGCUUGAUACGAAUCAUACGAUUGUUGAGUUUUACUUUCUACCUGCUUUAACUGUUGCCCGAUGAUUACUCUGUGCGUGUGUGAAACUCAAGAGUGGCAACACAUUACUAGCUUUGCUACACUGUUGUACUGCUGAUCAUCUGACUGAGCCUUGAAUUCUUACAACUGUUUUAGCACAAUGAAGAUGAUGAUUUGAAUUGUGCGCUGAAUAUAAUUGUAUUGCUUUAGUUUCGCCUGUGCGGAUAUUGAUCAGAUGCAAGGAAUUGUGUCUAUCAACUUCCCUGCAGACUGAGCAUCAUUCUGUCCUGAGUAUUGUGGUUUAAAAACGGUAUUGUGUCACGUUUCUCUAGAUGGCUAUUUUCACACUGCAUGAUCCC